GAUGGGUGGAGUGGGCGGAAGCUUCGGGAGGGUAACGAUGAUUGACAGCGAGGGCGGUCCAAUCGGAAGGUGCACCAGCAAAGCCUAUAAUGCCUCAGCGGGGGGAGAGACUGUGCCCCGGAGUGAGCCUCCUCGGACUGCCUGGGAGAGAAGCACCUGUAGCACGCACUCAGAGACGCCUCUGCCCUGCGUUACACACCCGCAGAAACUCGCGAACCAUCGGAACGAUGCUGUUCCACCAGCCGCGUGUCUUGAGCUCCCUCCUUGUCGCGGUCGCGGUCGCCGUCAUGGUGACGGCAGUCGACUCGGACAAUGUUAGCACCACAGUCGCGGGAGUGUCCGGCAACGGCGAAAACACGACGAGAACAGAAACGCUCAGUCCGCUGAGCAACCACGCGACGUCUACGCAAUCCGCAACUAAUCCACUCACGACAACCGUCAGAGAUGAAACGUCCGUCACCGGCAACACCGUCCCGACAGCGACAGGCCAAAUCGACGACACGUCGACGGCACAUUCGCCCGACCACGAUUCCACCAUGACGACGGUCACGCAAGUCACACACCCAACCAUGAGCAACAAUGUCACCACCUGGAUCACAACGCCCGGCCCGGACUACAACGGUGCAACCUCGGUGAUGACAGUUGGUCCGACCAACACUGACAUGAUGUCAACAAUAACCAGUCAAACAAACAACCACAGAACAUCAGCAACAGCAACCAGUCCAACCACCAGCAACAUGUUGACGACAACCGGGCCAGGAAACGACGUCACGAUCUCAACGACCACAAUGGGCGCAUUCAUGACAACGACUGGUCCACAUGACAAGACAACCAUGACGAUAACACCGGGUCUGACCCAUAACGGCACAACUUCGGCAGCGACGACCAGUUGGAUGGACGGUGACACAACAUCCGUAACAACAAUCAGCUUGACCAACAACGACACAACGCUACGGACAACAAGCGGUCCGCCGAACACCGUGACGUCAAUGCCGACGAGCGGUCCGACCGCCGACGCAACGUUAUCGACAACAACCGGUCGAGCCCCCGAUGACACGACAUUGCAGACGACAACGGGUCUGACCAACGACGUCACCUCAACGACAACUCGUCCGACCAGCGACGAAACGACCUCCGUGACAACGGUCAGCCCGACGGACGACGGCGCAUCGCUGACGACAACCGUUCAGACCGACGCAACCUCCAUGACGACGACCGGCCUGACCAACAACGACACGUUACACACGACGACCGGUCCGACCGACGGGGGCACAACCUUGAUGACGACGCCCGGUCCGACCAACGGCGACGCAACCACGAUGGCAACUGACGGCACCACCCUGAUGACGCCGAUGAGUUCGACCGACACAACGUUAACGACCGGAAGAACCGCCGGCUCGACAACCAUCACCCCGACCAUCAGUACAACGUUGAUGGCAACCGGUACAUGGACCGACAACACCACACCCACCGAAGGCCCAACAACCUGGACCACAACCGCCAAUCAGUCCGACGAUGACACAACUACGGCGAGCCCGAGCAGCCCUACGGAAAUGUCGCCCGUCAGCACCACAAAUAGUCCCACCACCUCAGCGGCAACAUCAGGAGCAUCCGCUCAACCAACAAGCAGCCUCACCCCGACUUCGACCGACAAACCCACUCUGACCCCGCCUGGCCCAACCAAGGGUCCAAUUAUAGUUUGCCCCGCGGAACAGUGUCCUCUUGAAAGCGUCUGCCUGAACGGAACCUGCCAGUGUCUCUCCGGGAGUUUCUUGGUGGGCGACCGUUGUCUCCGUGCUCAAGUGUUUCCUGGGCAGCUCCACCUACUCUCCUUGACAUUUACCAAAGAAAUGCUGAACAGGUCGUCCAAAGCGUUCCAGGACACGGCGGCGGACAUCUCUGCUUCGCUUGGCGAUGCCUUUGCGGGUCAACCAGGAUACAUCCGCUCCGACGUGGUACAGCUAGCCCCGGGAAGCGUCAUCGCGACCGUCAACAACAUUUUUGACAACACGCCGGCCUCUCAGGAGGCAGUCGAGCAGGUCAUCAAGGAUGCCAUCGGAAGCAGCUCCCAAGGCUUGUUGGUCAACGCGACAUUCGGCGGCACGAAGCUGUGCGAUCAGCCUCCGCUUCCCUGUGAUGCGACCACCACGAGGUGCAUCAGCGCAAAUGGUCGCGUGGGUUGUUCCUGCAAAGCCGGCUACAUCUCCACCGUCUACUCCAACACCAGCUGCAAGGCUUGUCCCAGCGGUCAGGAAGUGGUGGGCAACAGCUGCCAGAAAUGUGCCUUUGGAUACGCAGGCUUCAACUGCACUGACUCCUCUCUGUUGGCGGUGGUCAUCGUCUCCUGCGUUUUAGGCGGAAUUCUACUUAUCUUACUGUUGGCUUUGCUCUCCUACUGCUGUUGGUGGAAGUGCUCUGCCAACCAGGCGGAGUGCAGUGACCCCAGCCCAUACUCGGCGGGCGAGUUGACCAAGCCGUGGCCUGUCGACAUCACGCCCAUUCCGCGCGCUACCACCGCUGCCACCUGGGACGCUGCGUCUGCCAUGGAGAUGAUGGACAAACGGCAUAACGGCAAUGGCGUGGGCUUUCCUCCGAAGCAGAAAGGAUGGAAAAAGUCAGGAUCGUAUGAUCUCAACCCGGACAGAAUGAAGACCUUCACAAGUAAAAAUCCGUCACGUUACACGUACCUGGUCCAAGGCCAUGAGAACCCGUACUUCCUGCCAGGCGACGACAAGAAAAACUGACACAGCUUCUCCCAACACCUUUCGAUGGACGCUUAAAACUUUUUUUUUUUUUUUUUUUUAAAUCAAAGAGGCUGACGAUGUACGGUUGUGCAGAGUCGAGCAAUGCUAACAGUGGCCAGUAAGUGUCACUGGUGAUUUUUGUUUUCCUUGUCGCCUUGAAAUUGAAAUUGUGCGACAUGACCUGUUCAAGCAAUGGUUUAUUGAAUGUGGCUUAUUAUGAUUACAAUAAGAAUCCAUAAUGACAAAAUAAGGGCUGGUCCCCCGUUCCAAAUGCUGGUGAAGGGAUUUUUAA